UACUAACCGACCAAUCAGAGAGCUCCCAGAGCCGGACGCCAUUUUGUCGUGUUCAGGCCGCGGUGGCUGCUGGGUAGAGUUAGAACCUGUUGAUCUGUAGUUCCGUGUUGUGCGAUGGACGGCAGUGUCCACCAAGAUAUAACAGUUGGUACUAAGAGAGGAUCUGAAGAGCUUUUCUCCAGCGUCUCCAGCGGCCCGUAUAUCAUGAGCACCACAGCCAAUGGAAACGACAGUAAGAAGUUCAAAGGUGAUCUAAGAGGUCCCGGCGUGCCGUCCAGGGUCAUCCACAUCCGUAAGCUCCCCUGCGACAUCACCGAGACCGAGGUCAUCGGCCUCGGUCGGCCCUUCGGAGAAGUCACCAACCUGCUGAUGCUCAAAGCCAAAAACCAGGCCUUCUUAGAGAUGGACUCAGAGGAAGCAGCUCAGAACAUGGUGGGUUAUUACUCCACGGUGGUGCCCAUCAUCAGACACCAACCGGUCUACGUCCAGUUCUCCAACCACAAGGAACUCAAGACUGACAACUCCCCCAACCAGGAGAGAGCCCAGGCAGCUCUUCGGGCCCUCACCUCGUCUCACAUGGACGCCUCUGUGCCGGCUCCGAGCACCGUGCUGAGGGUGGUGGUGGAGAACCUGGUGUACCCCGUCACCCUGGACGCACUCUGCCAGAUCUUCUCUAAGUUCGGCACCGUGUUGAGGAUCAUCGUCUUCACCAAGAACAGCCAGUUCCAGGCUCUGCUGCAGUAUCCUGACGGACCGUCGGCCCAGUCCGCCAAACUGUCUCUGGAUGGACAGAACAUCUAUAACGGCUGCUGCACUCUGAGGAUCAACUUCUCCAAACUCACCAGCCUCAACGUGAAAUACAACAACGAGAAGAGCCGCGACUUCACCAGACCUGACCUCCCUACUGGAGACAGUCAGCCCAGCAUGGAGCACCAGGCCAUGGCCGCGGCCUUCACUCCAGGUAUCAUGUCAGCUGGUCCGUACCCCGGAGCGACUCACGCCUUCCAGCCAGCCUUCACCCUCCAACCUGCAAUGGCCCCCCACUACCCCGGCCUGGUCCCGGCUCAGCUCGGCCUGUCCUCCCUGUCCCUCCCCGGCGCCCGGCUGGGCUUCCCCCACAUCUCAGCCGGGGUCUCUGUCCUGCUGGUCAGCAACCUGAACCCCGAGAGAGUUACGCCCCACUGCCUCUUUAUUCUCUUCGGUGUUUACGGCGACGUGAUGAGAGUGAAGAUUCUGUUCAAUAAGAAGGAGAACGCUCUGGUUCAGAUGUCUGACUGCACACAGGCUCAGCUAGCCAUGAGCCACCUGAGCGGGCAGCAGCUGCACGGGAAGCCUCUGCGCAUCACGCCGUCCAAACACACCAGCGUUCAGCUUCCCCGUGAAGGCCACGAGGACCAGGGCCUGACCAAAGACUACAGCAACUCCCCCCUGCACCGCUUCAAGAAGCCCGGCUCCAAAAACUACUCCAACAUCUUCCCACCUUCUGCCACCUUACACCUCUCCAACAUCCCCCCAUCUGUAGUUGAGGACGACCUCAAGAUGCUGUUUUCCACCUCAGGAGCCAUGGUCAAAGCCUUCAAGUUCUUCCAGUGAGUCUUCAGUUUACUGCCUCUGUUCUCAAAGCCUUAUUGAUGCCUGCCUUAUUCAUUAAAGCUCUGCCUCUCGGACUGCCCUCCUUUAUCCCAAAGUCCCUGUCCUUGUUCUUGAACUCUCAUCCUUGCCUUGAAGUUCUUUUUCUUGUUCUGAAAUUCCUCUGGUUGUACUGUCUUGAAGU